AUGUACUACCCAUCAUUGGAACAGGUCAGGGAGCUGGCGAAGGAAGGGAACCUGAUCCCCGUCUACCGGGAGAUCAGCGCGGACCUUGAGACGCCGGUCACCGCCUACAUGAAGGUGGCGCGGAAGCCGUACUCCUUCCUGCUCGAGAGCAUCGAGGGCGGAGAGCGGCUGGCGCGCUACAGCUUCAUCGGCACGGAGCCGUCGAAGGUGAUCCGCACGGGGCCGGGCCAGCCGGACGGCGAGGUGGACCCGCUGCGGCUCGUUGAGCAGGCGCUGGGGCGGUUCAAGGUGGUGUCCAUCCCCGGCCUGCCCCGAUUUCACGGCGGGCACGUGGGGUUCCUCGCCUACGACGCCGUCCACUACUUCGAGCCGCGGGUGCCCCCGCCCGCCAGCAACCCCCUCGACCUGCCGGAGUCAACCUUCAUGCUGGCCGACACGCUGCUGGUCUUCGACCACCUGCGGCAGAAGAUCCAGGUGGUGAGCCACGCGCACAUCCGGGGCAACAACGUCGACGCCGCCUACGAGGAGUACGACGAGAUCGUCCGGCGGUCGCGGGACUACAUCAUCGCCGGGGACAUCAUCCAGGUGGUGCCGUCGCAGCGGCUGGAGCGGCCCACGGACGCCGCGCCCCUCGACCUCGACGUCGCGAUGCGGUCCUCGCGGGGCACGAACCCGUCGCCGUACAUGUACCUGCUGGAGCUGGACGACUUCCACAUCAUCGGGGCGUCGCCGGAGCUGCUGGUGCGCGUCGAGGACGGGCUGGUGCUCAACUUCCCGCUGGCGGGCACCCGCGCCACGCGGCCGGACCCGCAAUCAGGAGGAGACGAGGCGCUGGCCGAGGAGCUGCGCACCAACGAGAAGGAGCGCGCCGAGCACAUCAUGCUCGUGGACCUGGGCCGCAACGACGUGGGCCGCGUCGCCAUCCCGGGCACGGUGGAGGUCCAUGACCUGAUGCGCGGGGUCAAGUACUCGCACUCGCCUGUCGCCGACGGUGCCCACGGGCAUGGAGAUCACUGCGGAGCGGAGGGCCGAGGCUCGCGAGUACAGCGGCGGGCCGUCGGCGGUACUCAGCUUCUCCGCACAUGGACACGGCACCUCCACCUUCGCACCAUGGUGCUGAAGGACGGCGUGGCCUACAUCCAGGCGGGCGGCGGCAUCGUCUACGACAGCGAGCCGGAGGCGGAGUUCCAGGAAACGCUGCAGAAGGCGGGGGCGCUGCUGACCGCCAUCAACCUGGCGGAGGAACAGUCAUGA